UCGAUUGGCUAUCACGUGACUCAAUAACGAAUUGUCCAGAGCAUUUCUUUAUUUACUUUGUUAAGAGCAGAAUGGACACCUUUUUACUUUCUCUUAGCUGCUUGUUGGUACUACAAGUUGUUGCGGUGGAUGGGUAUUGCGACUCAAAUAACCUCAAUACGGAGGUACAGAAAUGUCUCUUCCAGUCCCCAGUCUUCUCUGGCGGUCUCUCCAACGCAAAUCAAGUACAGUCAUUUUGCAGAUCGUCACUCAACACCAUCGUGGACUGCAUGGAGGCGCCCAUCGCGGAGUGUAAGAACCACCCCACCCAGGAGAAACUGUUGAACCUCCUCAUAGACAUGAACAAACUGAGAGCGGGGCUGCAGUAUUUGUGCGACCACGUCGACGUUUUGUCGGAAAAGAGCAGCUGCAUGAACAACAUCGUCAGUUCGGCGACGUCAUGCAUGGCAAGCGCCGUUGACAACUUGACCAGCCAAAUGCAGCAUGUGAAACGGCUCAAAGAUGUCUUUGAUUUACUGUGCACAUUUUUUGACCGGCUGAUCGUCUGCUACGUGGAUCCAUUCACAGGCGACUGUACCGAAAUAGGCACCAUCUUCAGGAACGUAUUUAAUGGAAUCAAAUACCCGUACUGUGAUCUGCAAGAAUUUGAAAAAGAGGUCCGCAUGACAGAGAUAGAAAACAGCAUGUCUCUUGGAUCGGCCUCAGAAACGGCUGGAAGUGUCGUAAUGCUUGCCUUGUCACUUUUCACAGCAAUGGCCUUAUACCACUGAACAAAUCUGGAAAUCAAAAGUGCACGGAUAAAGCGCUAAAAUUAUUUCAUAAAAUAUUUUGUCACACUUCAGAUAUUUUACUCUACAAAUAGUUUGUACUAAUUGUCUGACGACAAAAGAAACGGAAUCCUUCCAGGAAUUGUUUUAACAUGUAGUCUUACAGAACCUACCUCUUUUCCUCGUCAAAUCUGUACUAUGCGUUAUUUCUAGCUAAUUUAGAGGUUAAUAUAGUAGGAGAGCGAUCCGUUAACAAGGCUUGAACUUUACGACGGCAGCUGCCGUAGAUGCGAUAGGAGUUUUUGCCGAUGGUAAUUUUUUUGUUUACCGCUAGAUGAAAAUUAUUGCCGACGGUUGAAGUGAUAAUUUUUGGUUUUAUUUUUGUUUAUUUGUUGCAAAACCUACUGGUUAAAAAUGCUGUAGGCAGGCUACUAAAAUUGCCUACGGUAAGUCCUUUAAAAUGGCGUAGAUGAGAAAUUCGUAAGCCCAGCCCAAUAUGUAUCUGUUGAUAACAUUUCACAUUGAGAGCAGUGUCACAAAGCUAAUAAAUAAAUAAAUAAAUAAAUAAACAAACAAA